GCGUGUGUCACGUGUUGACGUGUAAAUCGAGAACUUGCCCUGUAAGAAGCCACACAGCUCGCUAAUCUCCUAGGUCCAGGAACAGUAACUAAUUUCCACGUGGAGCAAUAUCUUUGCCGUCGAGGUCUAUCCCUACACACGUCCCGAUGCAGAUCGAUGUUGAAACUCGACGUUGUAAUUGAUCGACUACCGACGUCAGAGAGGUUAGCGUGGAGAUCUGAUCGAUUUCAGUCUUGGCAGAUUUGCGGAGAAGAGAGCACUCGUUCGCAUCGGAUGAUCCGAACAACUUCAAUUGCACCUCAAACAUGCCACCCGCACGACUAGCCAACGGGCUGCUCGGGACUUUCCGAACAGCCUCACUUCGAACAACAUGUGUUCGUCCAGCAGCCACCUCAACACAGCAGUGCCUAUACCAUUCGUAUGACUACGCUCAACCGCCGCCGUUUCCUCCCGCCGAAUCUGCGAUACUUUCUUCCGCAUACGCGCACGUACCAAAUCAUGGGUUUACUAUAGAUGCGCUCAAGCUCGGUGCAAGAGAUGCGGGAUAUCUCGAUGUUUCUACCAAUUUGCUCCCCAGAGGUGUUUUUGAUUUGAUCAAUUACCAUCUCGUCACUCAGCGGCUGGCUCUACAAAACAAUGUUCAGUUCCCAGAACAAGGAGAGCAAGGAAAGAAAAUGGGCGUCGGCGCCAAAGUCAGGACCUUGACGUUGGCGCGACUGCGAGCAAAUGAACCCGUCAUACAUCGAUGGCAGGAGGCACUUGCAAUUAUGGCCCAACCUACAUACGUCCCGGCAUCCUUGGCCGAACUUGCAAGACUCGCGGACGAGGUCUGGUUCCUGUCUGGCGACCAGAGCGUGGAUAGCAGCUGGUACACCAAGCGCGCGACCCUCUCUGCCAUCUACUCUUCGACUGAGAUGUACAUGACGCAGGACAAGUCGGCCAACUUUGUCGAGACGGAACAGUUUCUAGACAAUAGACUACAAGAUCUCACCAAGGUUGGUGGGUUCAUGGGUGGACUGGGCGAAUGGCUCAAUUACACGGGUCACUCUGCCGUCAACGUACUAAGGAGUAAGGGUGCGCGCAUCUGAUUUUGUAAAUGCAAUCGACGGGUGUUUGACCCGUGUGCUCGGCGCGCUUCACCGAGCCUACUUUUUAUAUCAUAUAUUUCGGUGCGCUUCA